UAAAAAUGAUAUCGGAGUUGAAUGACAUUAUUGAUGAAUUGUACCAGUGGACCGAGUGCAAAGGAUUAAUUUUAUAUGGCGCUGAUGGAAAUUUCUGUUCCGGGGGAGAUUUGAAAACGGCGAAAAUAAUGAACAACUCAUUUCAAGGAUACGCAAUGUCCGUUUAUAUAGGUCAUAUUCUUGAUAAAUUAAGUAAACUACCCAUUAUCACAGUUGCAUAUAUCGAAGGCACAGGUGCGAUUGGCGGUGGUGCGGAAGUGUCGAUGGCGUGCGACUAUAGGAUAAUGUGCAAUGCUGACGACACCACGGUCAUAGGUUUCGUUCAUUCGAAAAUGGGCAUAGUGCCUGCGUGGGGUUCCACCGGCCGGCUAGUGUCGAUCUUGGGCGUCCGGAAGACCAUGGACCUGUUGCUAGAGGCUAAGAUGCUGAGUUCCACUAAGGCGAUAGACUUAGGUCUGGUGGACGGUACGGUAGCCACGUUGGCAGACGCCGAAGCGUGGCUGUCCAACAAGAUCAAGUCGAAUGUGAACGUGAUCCGAGCCAUUAAACGCACGGUGAAAUGCUACGAAAAUUCGGGGGAGGCUGUGCAAAUGCUAGAGAGCAGAAUAUUCGCGCCGCUCUGGGGUGGACCCGCCAACCGAGCUGCAAUCGAACGGAAUCUUAAGCACAAAAAAUGAAACCUGUGACGUGGAGAACUCAACAUUAUUGAGAGUUUAAUAUUCUACCCACUCCAUCUACCCAUUCAAAACCGGACAAAUGUACUUACUGUCAUAUUUAAAAACUUAAAAACUAUAGUUAAUACUAAAUUAUUAUUAAUUUACCAUCAUAUACCCUGCUCACUAACCAUUCUUUUAAUAAAAAUAUAAUAUAUUUUUGAAAAUAAUUUUCAUCAGAACAUUCUUUACCAACAUAUUCUUUUUUCACUUUUAUUACCUAUUUAUCUCUAAAUACUAAAUAACCUAAAUAUUCCAAAUUAACAGUACCUAGUGGGAUAAAUUAAUGUAAUAAAACAA